CUUACCUUAAUUGUUAUCCGUUCCUCGUGGAUGCCGUCCAGAGACGAAUCCCCCUGAUCUUGUUAUCACUUCGCUUUCUUCGAAGGACGAUUGUUGGACAAUAAAACGAUGCGAUGGGCGAGGGAAAAAGCGAGCAUUCCGGCAAAAGGCAAAGAUCCUCCUCUCGCGGUGUCGGCAAGCCAUCCUCGGAUCUCGAGAUAACGCAUGGUAAAGGCAAGGAGAAAAAGGGACGUAAGAGCAAGACUAAGGAGAGAUGGCCAUUUCUCGAAGGAUUGACAGUCGACGAGUUGGCUCGUUAUCGGAGGAGGCGCGUGCAGGAUCGGCCGAAGGACAAUCUUCAAUCAUAUCCGGAAUCAGCGGUCCAACAAGAUCCUGCAUCUGAGUAUCGCCGCGCCUUUGGUGCAAAUAUCGAGGAAUUUUCUAAGGAAAAUGUUUGGCCAAUAGAAGGAGGAAAGUCCGAGGAUUAUGCGGAGGAAAUCCUCGAGGAGGCACAAUCUUCGCAUCGCACAGAUUUUCGAGAGCACGAAGUAAUCGAGGAUCCAUCCGCGAAAGAAAAGAAUGCUUUUGUCCAAUUGACUCAUGGAAACAACGCGAUGGAAACAAGAGUGGAAGCCUCACAAUUUGAGAUUCCGUUCAGACGUCCAUCACUUAUCAGAAGGGGUACUAGCUUGAAGUGCGGCGGAGAUUUCUACACCGAUACGGAAACGUACUCGGCGUACGUGCCUUAUGAGGGCCAGCAUCGUGCCGAGCUUGCGCGUCGACCCACGUCCUUGAAGAUGGAGGGCGACCUGGACACCAUGACAGAAAAAUGCGAGAAAUUUAUUGAGUGGCUCAAUGUUAGUCGACCGGAACUUUUGCGUAUACCUACUCAUCUGAAGAUGGAGGGCGAGUUGGAAACGUCGACGGAAAAUCAGGACAAGUACAUUCCGUUUGUGGGUGCGCGGAGACCGGAAUUAUUGAGACGAAACACAAAUUUAAAGCUCGAGGGAGAUACCUACUUUGUACCGGAAUACACCGAUGUGUUCAGAGAUUAUUAUAUCAAAGAUAGACUGCAGCCGAAGAAACCGCAAACGCAUUUAAAAACUGAAGGUGAUUUUUUCCAAACCACAGAGAGCACUGAAAAUUUUGUUCACCCUCACAUUAAGCAGACACAAGAAAUAGAUGUUAAACAGAUUAAAGACGAUAAUGAAGAAGACAAAUGGAUAGACGAUCAAGAGGAGAAAAAAAGGAAGGACGAAGAGAUGAGAAUGUUGGUGUCAAAGUUGGAAGAUCUAAAUGGUCGGCCGCUCGAAAUUCCAGAAUAUCGAGACGCAUAUAAGGAUUUUCCACGCGAACGGCCAAAGUUUGCAAGACCGGAUGAUGAGAUAGGUCGCGCUGAUGGCUCAAAAGUAUCUUCACCGUCACGCUCUAAGUUUUCUAUGAAGAUCGAUCAAGAUCCAGAGUAUCAAUCAAAGUAUUUGGAUUAUCCGCGGGAUCGUCCCAUUUAUCGUAAGCCACCGCCGAUGUUGCGACCGACAAAUGUCUCCUCUUCCGGUCGCAAUAGCGCGUGCUUUGGUAGACCAAUUCAUCGACAGGAAUGUCGUCCAUUCGAGUACGAACCUACAAGCGAAGUGAGAUCUCAAUACGUUCCUUACGGAUAUAUACCGAAGGUCGAAACACUAAAGAUGCCGGCAAAUUUACGUUUGGAGGGUACUUUUGAUCUUCAACCUGAGUACAGAAACGCUUAUUGCGCGAAAUACGAUCGUCAAAGCUGGGCGGAACCUAAAACAAUCUAUGAUAGAGGCGAUCAUAGUCCAAGUACUAUGAAAAAAGAACAUUAUUGGUUAAAGGGAAACGAUAGUGAUCAGUGUGAUAAAACGAUUGUCGCUCAAGAUCAAAAUGCUUUUUGUAUAUUGGACACGCGAAUGCAUGAGGAGAAUGUCACUGGAAAACCACCGCCCGCCAGCAGAAGGAGCUCUAGACUGUCUCAAGCCAUGAUGGCGCCGAGACCGACGCAUCUAGAGUUGACGGAUCGCGCGAUUGCUACAAGAAUCUCACGAUCUCCCAGUCCAACAUAUCGAUUACACGUUUGUGACGUCGACAAUGAGCCACGAGGUUUUGGUCAACGUAGACAGUCUUCCGGAAGAAUUGUUCGCAGUCCUUCAGUCGAUCGUACGAUUCAGGACGACAUUACUAGACCUUAUUCGCCUAGCUUCGGCAGAGACAGGCAGAAUCGUCGCAUCAACGAUCAACCGUUCGUAGUUCUAGAUAACACCUCGAAAAAUGUGACAGGUAGAAGCGCUGUGUGUAGAAAAAAUUACACCAAUAGAAAUGUUGGUGCUGAUGUUAUGGUAUCUCCGAUUUCCCGAGGAAGACCUAGAACUCCAACCAAAUGGAUGCCACCGUGGUACGACAAUACGAAUACGAUCUAGAACUGUCGAACAGUGGCGAAAACUCGUUGAAAAAAUAUAUAUUGAUAGUCUGCUGCCUAAAAUUUUUGUUAUAGAAUGAAUAUAAAACCAGCGACAAAUGGUGGACACACUGCCUAUAAUUUUAUAUGCAAAAUAGUUGUAAUCAAUCGAUGAAAUCAAUUCUGAAACAUUUACGCAUAAUAUCUUAGCAAUUAUUAAUCUUCCUCGCAGAGAUUCUUGAAACAAGUAUUACGAAAACCACACUACAUUUUCCGUAAUGUAGCGUUUAUGAAUUGAGUCGUAAUCAUAUCGCGUUUAUCUAACGCUAAAUGGAAUUGUUUUAUUCUCAAUACGAAAUAAAAUUGUGUGCGAUUUCUUUGAACAAAAGAAACAAAACUCAUAAUUAAUUACAUUCAGGGCUGAAUGUAGAAUAUAAAUAGAUUUAUAUAUUCAUGUUACAAGCUAUUUGUUAGUUGUAUUGAUGUUGUCGAAUUAAAUAGUUAUAUAUUCUAUAGUUACUUUAACGCAGAAAUUUAUUUAAACCGCGAAUAGCACAUGGAGAUAUUUCUCUCAUUGAUUCAAGAGUAUAAAAUAAUUGUAAUUGAGAGAAUUAUUAUCCAAAUUCGAAAACUUAAAAAAAAUUUGUUUUACAUCAUUAUAAAAUUUUAUUUUUUAACUGUGCUCUCGUUCGAUAUGCCAAUCAUAUAUUAAUUGCUGUAACUGUAUAACUAUACAGUAGAUAAUAAUGAGAUAUACUUGUGCUAUAUAUACUGCCAAUAUUUGUUAAUCAAUACGAUUAAAUAUAUAUGAACAGUCUUACAAGGC